GUUUGUUAGCCGUUUCUUAGUCGUGUGUAAGCCGUUUGUUAGCCGUUAAUAAGCCGUUUGGUAGGCGUUUGUUAGUCGUUUGUUAGCCGUUGGUAUGCCAUUUGUUAGCUGUUUGUUAGUCGUUUGUUAGUCGUUUGUUAGCCAUUUGUAAGCUGUUUGUUAGGCGUUUACAUCCGUUUGUGAGCCGUUUCCAUCUGAGUGUUAGCCGUUUGUUAACCGUUUUUUUAGUCGCUCGUUAGGCGUUCGUUUGCCGUUUGUUAGCCUUUCGCUAGCCGUUAGUGUACGUUUUCGCGUUACAGGUCGCAUAUUUGUCUUUUUGAUUACAAUUACAAACACAAAGCCUUCAUGCAUUUGCUUUCAGGUUCACUGAGCUUCUGGACAGUGUGUUACAUUAUCUUCUUCCUUCUUGGAAUUAUUCAGCUGGGUCGUUUAAAGACUUGGAGGCUAUUCGACAACUUCUGCCUUUGUCCAAACACAGAACCAUGCUGAUUGAGAAAGCUAUCAGAGAAUCACAGUCUGGUACUCCAGCACACAUGCCAAAGUUGUUCAUCAACAGACGGUCAGCGGCUGAACACAGAGCUGAUCCAACACAAGACCCAGAUGCCAAACACUCCAUACUUAACCAGUUAUAUGAAGGACUAAAACAAGAAAAAUGUGGAGUAAAGCUGGAUUACAGAUGGUCAGCAAGAUACGACCAGUGGUGGGAGUGUAAAUUCCUGUCUGAAGGAAUUAUUGACCAAGGUUAGUAUAUUGACUUAUUCGUUGGGUGCCCCCCCCCCCCGGCCCCGAGAGGAGGGGAGGACAAGUGACGGAGUAAUGCAAGGGGAAGACAAUGCGAGAAGAUGGAUUCUCAACGUGGAAAAAAAAACUUGGAGAAAUAAAGAAAGG